GUGCCUUGCGCCUCAGCCCGCGCGCUCGGAGCUUCUCGCUCUCGCCCGCCCGCCCGCUCCCUUACUAGCUCGCGCUUUCGCUCGCGCUCUCCUCGCGGAUCGAAGGGGCUCUAGCCACAGCCUGUGGCUGGGAAGGGAGACAGGCGGCGGCUCAGGGGGAACGAGGCUGCAGUGGUGGUGGUGGGAAGAUGUCGGGCGAGGACGAGCAGCAGGAACAAACUAUCGCCGAGGACCUGGUCGUGACCAAGUAUAAGAUGGGGGGCGACAUCGCCAACCGGGUACUUCGGUCUUUGGUGGAAGCAUCCUGCUCAGGUGUGUCGGUACUGAGCCUGUGUGAGAAAGGUGAUGCCAUGAUUAUGGAAGAGACAGGGAAAAUUUUCAAGAAAGAAAAAGAAAUGAAGAAAGGUAUUGCCUUUCCCACCAGCAUUUCAGUAAAUAACUGUGUAUGUCACUUCUCCCCUUUGAAGAGCGACCAGGACUAUAUUCUCAAGGAAGGUGACUUGGUAAAAAUUGACCUCGGGGUCCACGUGGAUGGCUUCAUCGCUAAUGUGGCUCACACUUUCGUGGUUGAUGUAGCUCAGGGGACCCAAGUAACAGGGCGGAAAGCAGAUGUGAUUAAGGCAGCUCACCUUUGUGCUGAAGCUGCCCUACGCCUGGUCAAACCUGGAAACCAGAACACGCAAGUGACAGAAGCCUGGAACAAAGUUGCCCACUCGUUUAAUUGCACACCAAUAGAAGGUAUGUUGUCACAUCAAUUGAAGCAGCAUGUUAUCGAUGGAGAGAAAACCAUUAUCCAGAAUCCCACAGACCAGCAGAAGAAGGACCAUGAAAAAGCAGAAUUUGAGGUACACGAAGUAUAUGCUGUGGAUGUUCUCGUCAGCUCAGGAGAGGGCAAGGCCAAGGAUGCAGGACAGAGAACCACCAUUUACAAACGAGACCCUUCUAAACAGUAUGGCCUGAAGAUGAAAACUUCACGUGCCUUCUUCAGUGAGGUUGAAAGGCGUUUUGAUGCCAUGCCAUUUACUUUAAGAGCAUUUGAAGAUGAGAAGAAGGCCCGGAUGGGUGUGGUGGAGUGCGCCAAACAUGAACUGCUGCAGCCAUUUAAUGUUCUCUAUGAGAAGGAGGGUGAAUUUGUUGCCCAGUUUAAAUUUACAGUCCUGCUCAUGCCCAAUGGCCCCAUGAGGAUAACCAGUGGUCCCUUUGAACCUGACCUCUACAAGUCUGAGAUGGAGGUCCAGGAUGCAGAGCUAAAGGCCCUCCUCCAGAGUUCUGCAAGUCGGAAAACCCAGAAAAAGAAAAAAAAGAAGGCCUCCAAGACUGCAGAGAAUGCCACCAGCGGGGAAACAUUAGAAGAGAAUGAAGCUGGGGACUGAGAAAGACCAGGAACCAGAGGACCAGACUGACUGAAGAGACAACUCCUGGCUUUUUGAAGCUGUGGACUUGGAUUGGACGAAUUGCUAGGGGUUUGGAGAGAGAGGUGAUGAAUUUCAGUACCUCUGGCAUGCUGUCCCAGGGAACUAGGGCUCCCACUAACUUAUGAGGUUUUUAAACAUGUUGAAAUGACAUGGCGUUAAAAUAAAUUUGGAUUUGCUCAUAAUCA